UGGGAGCCGCUGACCAUCUCCGGAAAAAACAUGUGUCAGCGCCAACACUAGCCCCCGGUAGAACUUGGGAGCUUGCCCUGUCCGAGCGCCUCCCCGUGUGGCCGCGCCUUCUCCCGGUCGGCGACGCCUCCCUGCUUCCCCUCUAGCUCCGCGUCCCUCAGCCGACUCUCCAGCGACGGCCACCUCCCUCCGACGAGACGCCCGGCCACCCCGUCCUCCCUCAGCACCAGAUCCACGGUCAACGCGGCUUCCUUGCGCGUUCCCACGGCCCCCGGCAGAUCUACGCGGGCGGCGGCCCUCUCUGUCGGUGGCUGCCCCCCCGCUACCCGACGGCCCUCCUUAGCCAUGGUAGAAUCUGUGUCCUGCUACUGCAGGGUAGAUGGAGGCCUUAAAACUGUUGUCAAUGCUAGAAAGUUCGUCCCUGGUGCUAGACUGUGCAUGCAACCUGAUGUCAAACCGAACAAGCGCAAGUCAAGGAGCUCACGCAAGGAGAGGUGCCGAACUCAGGCGCCACUUCUGCCUGGACUUCCUGAUGACCUGGCUAUUUCAUGUCUGAUACGGGUUCCUCGAGUGGAGCACCCUAAUCUUCGUUUAGUCUGUAAAAGAUGGAGCCGACUUUUAUCUGGUAAUUAUUAUUACUCACUGCGGAAGAAAUUUGGCAUGGCAGAAGAAUGGGUUUAUGUCUUCAAAAGGGAUCGUGAUCAGAAAAUAUCUUGGCAUGCCUUUGACCCGGUGCACCAGCUCUGGAAGUCACUUCCUCCAGUACCGCCAGAGUAUUCGGAAGCCGUGGGAUUUGGUUGCGCUGUUCUCAGUGGCUGCUAUUUGUACUUAUUUGGUGGCAAAGACUCAGUGCGAGGUUCUAUGAGGCGUGUUGUAUUUUACAAUACUCGGACAAACAAAUGGCACCGGGCCCCAGAUAUGCUACGGAAGCGGCAUUUCUUUGGUUUUUGUGUCAUAAACAACUGCCUCUAUGUUGCUGGUGGGGAGUGUGAAGGGAUACAGAGAACUCUAAGGUCUGCAGAGGUUUACAAUCCGAACAGGAAUAGAUGGUCUUGCAUUACUGAAAUGAGCAUAGGAAUGGUGCCUUUCAUUGGAGUUGUAUAUGAUGGCAAGUGGUUCCUAAAAGGAUUUGAUUCUCACCGGCAGAUUGUGAGCGAGGUCUAUCUGCCAACAUCCAACAUGUGGUCAACCACUGGUAAUGAACUGGUUGCAGGCUUACGGAAUCCAAGCAUUUCAUUUAACGGUCGUCUUUAUUCAGUGGAUUGUCGGGAUGCCUGCAAGCUAAGAGUUUAUGAUGGGGACAAGGGAUUGUGGACAAGGUUCAUGGACAGUCGACGCCAUCUGGGCAGCUCACGGUCUUUUGAAGCUGUGGCUUUGGUCUCACUGGAUGGAAAGAUCUGUGUUAUCCGUAAUAACAUGGGCAUCACCCUUGUUGAUGUCUGUGACCCAACAACAGUUAUUGAGAUUGACAGUGCCCGCAUGUGGGAGAGUUUUGCCCGGAAGGGCCAGCACAGGUCUUUCAUGGCAAACUUGUGGGCAACAAUUGCAGGGCGUCAUUUAAAGACCCACAUUAUCCAUUGCCAAGUGCUCCAAGUUUGAAUGUGUCUGUCUGUCAAGUGGAUACAUGUUCAAAUGUAUUUAAUUGUUGUCAGAAAGAUAAUCAGAUUUUGAAAGAAAGCCCUUGAUUAGAAGCUGAAAUAUGGAUGCCAGUACGACGACAGUACCCCACGGGGGGGGGAGGCAUCAUGUUACCGCAUUGAACAUCAUCGAUUGAUUCCAUUCCUACAAAUUCUGAGGUGUCAACCAAGUUGCUUGAUGUUUAUCAAAGAGGGGGCCAGAGCAAUGGUUGUCAUCGUGAGACGAACAAGAACCUUCCGUAGCACCAAUGGUGUAUCCGGAAGCACCCGUGAUCUUUCUGAGCUGACACUUUAGGAUUUUGGUUAGCCGAUGCUGCUGGCGAUAGGCAGCAGAAAUUGCACUUCACCCUCAUGUCCAUGGAUGUGGUUUUAUUCCUAUUUGGCAUAUGUAUUGUAGCAGCAGACUAUAUAGACUUGAAAUGUAAGAAAUGGAAUAACAGUGUUUGGUUUGUGCCAAAACCAAUGCUACCCCAAAUUUGGCUAGCCAACGAUUGGCAACAAGUUUGGCUUGAUGAUUUGGGCACAAACCAAAUCACACCCUAAUUCUAUGUUUAUGCUUUGGAAUUCCUUCUUGGCUGGGAACUUUUGGCAUCUGCAAGUGGAUGCAAUGUGGCUAUAUAUUCUGAAUGGAAAAGAUUGUCAUAGAUA